CAGCGCGAUCGCGGCCUCAGCCUCCUCGUCCUCCACCCCUCGGGAUGAACUCGCGGCUGCGGCACUGGAGGGAAGCGGCCACGCUGCUGCUGGCAGCGGGGACGCCGGCACGGCCGCCGCGCUCCCCGCUCGGCCCCUUUGACUACGAGGUGCUGCUGCUGCAGCGGAGCGCCUGCAGCGGCUUUAUGCCCAGCUCCCACGUCUUCCCAGGGGGUCUGGUGGAAGCGGCGGACUUCUCCGCGGAGUGGCUGGGGUUGCUGCCCGCCUCGCCUCAGUGCGGGCUGGGUGCUGUGAGGCCGCCGCCUCUCGGCAGCAGCCGGGCACCGCUCUUCGCCACCGACCGGCAGCCGCUGGGCUCGCCGCUGCCUGGGGAAGUCGCCUUCCGCAUCUGCGCUGUCAGGGAAACCUUCGAGGAGGCGGGAAUCCUGCUGCUGGUGCCGGGGCGCGGGCCGGCGGCCGGCAGCGGCCCGGCCCCCCCGCUGCCAGCGGAGCGCCUGCCCCCCGCUGCCGAGCUGAGCGAGUGGCGGCGCCGGGUGCAGGAGGACCCGGCCUGCUUCUUGCAGCUCUGCCGGCACCUGGGCUGCGUCCCCAACAUUUGGGCGCUGCAGGAGUGGAGUAACUGGCUGACCCCUGUCGGCAGGGCCGGCCGCGGCGGCCGGCGCUAUGACACGGCUUUCUACCUGUGCUGCCUGGAGACGCGACCGCCCCACGCCUCGCAGGAUAAUCGAGAGGUGACAGCCGUCACGUGGUCAUCACCUCCAGAAGCCAUUGAACACUUGAAAUCUCAAGAAAUAUGGUUUGGUCCACCUCAGUUCUAUGAAUUGUGUAGACUGUGCAACUUCUCUUCACUCCGUGAGUUACACAAGUUCAGCUCUGAUCGAGCUCUAGAGGGAUGUGAGCGCUGGAUGCCUGUGAUGUUGACAGCUUCAGAUGGCUACAUUCAGCUAUUGCCAGGAGAUGAGUUAUAUCCAGAAGAUCCAGAUUAUACAGGAGAAAAGAAAAUAAUCAUGUCAACAGACAAGAAAGUUGAAGAUCUCAUGAAGGAGGGUAGUGUAUUUCACAGGAUAGUAAUAAAAAACAUCUACAAUCUUGCUGUCUACAUUAAUAUUCAAGCAAAAUAUAAACACAUUAAUCCAUUGAUGAUAAACUCUGAUUGUUCAGGUUACAACAGCAGAUUAUAAUAUCUGUUUGGUUUAAAGCUAGAAUAUUUUUAAUUACAUACAUAUUCACUGUGCUUUUGGUCCUUUCUAAUCAUUGCCAAAUAGUCAGGAAAAAUAUUCCUUGGUGCUGCCAAAGGAUUUUGUGUGUGUGUGUGGUUUGAGAUUUACGUGUACCUAAUUUUUUGAGUCUCUGAAAUAGCACAGUUGUGCCAGUUACAAUGUUUAGAGGCUACUGAAAACUUAACCAUCAACUUAAUUAUUAACUUAAAUGUGAUUUGAUGGUAAUUAUACCAACACAUUACCACCUUAUUCUACUUACAUAAUAAUUGCAGAAUAUGCUGCAACACUGGUCUCUUGAGUCACACAGGUCCUUUUCUCACCGAAAAUUUAAGAAUAAAUUACGUUCAGAAUAAGUGUGGUUGAAGAAUUCUUUUACUGUGCUUCCUGAAGUUAUCCAUUAGACAACUGUGUGUCUAGGAAUGAAUUAAAUCUCCCAUUCUUGUCUGCUGACAUCUCCCAGUCUGUUCCCUCUUUAAUUUUGGGGAAAACCAGUAUGUAUGUAUAUAUAGAUUUAUUACAGAUUUAUUAAGCUAAAAUUAAUUUUUUAAAAAUAGUUAAUUCUUAUAUUCAAUAUACCUAAAUUCUUUCCUAAUUGUAAUCUAUCCAAAACUUCACAAUUUUCAAAGGCAGAAACAAUUUAUACAAACUAAGCCAUCUAUCAGAUUGAGUGCAUUCUCAACAUUCUUUUUACCUUCAAGUUGUUAACAAUUUUAAAAAAUUGAAAAAUAAAUUGGUUAGCUCCAAAAAGAUACCAGCAACUUCAGGGAAUAUUGUAGUGCCUUGGAAACACCCACUUCCAUAUUUCAACAUCUCACAUUUUGCUUCUCAACUACUUUACUAAAUAUAUCUGAGAUAUAAGAAUUUCAGAGGAAGGAUUGCUGCUUGGUUUUUUGUUUUGGAUUUUUGUUUGGUUGGUUUUGUCUUUUUUUGUGCAAUAAGUAGAGUAAAUGGAGCAGUGAUGUAAGUUCUUUAUCUGGAAGAAGAAUGAAUGAUGACCUGAGAUUAGCCAGUACAGUUCUUCAGAAAGCUUUGUUUCAGCUUUUGUUCUGUAUUUCAAUUAAAACUUUCUGCAACAUUGUCAUUAAAUUGUAUUGUUUGUAGCAUUCA